AGAGAAGACCAGGAGAUUGAGAGGGUACUCCUAUUUGGUGCAGGCAUGAAGGAAGUAAUUGGCAGCAGCUAGGGGAUGGGCAUAAAGCCCUGGCCUUAAGCAACAGCCUUACAUCAAUGGAGGAAGGGCAGGUACUGUUCUCCUUCCCCAGGAAGUGAGAAAAAAUCUACGCUGCAAAGGGAGGAGGUGGAAGAAUAAGACCUCUACCCCUAGGGAAGGGGCAGGAAGCUGUCUUGGACCCAGGAUAUAUGCUGAUAUCAAGCAGAAAUCUGCUACCAUCAUAAGUAGGGCAGGCAACUCCCACCCAAGACCAACCAUGGAUACAAGGCAGAGUGCGGUUGCCACAGGAAGGAGGAGCAAGAACUCUGGAAAGGCUCUCUCUGAGUUCCAGGUACUUGCCAAAGACAAAGGCUGGACCCGGAAAACAGAGUCUCACUACUGCCCUACCCCAAGAAACAACAGUAAAAACGGCAGGCUGCAGCUGGUGGAGGGGCAGCCUGGUAAUACUGGCUAACAGAGAUGGCUGAGAGCACAUCAGGAAGCAGGAACACUGAGGAAAAACCCUCUUGCAACUCAGCCCCCACCCUAAGCACAAGGCAACAAAGAAUUUGAAGUCUGUGGUACAUUGAAGUUCUCGUUCAACUUGGAAAACCAUAUUAUCCUGAACCAAGGGAACAUCUUCAAAAAAUAUUCACACUCUGAAACACCACUGUGUCCAGCAGUUUCACCAAAAGAGACUGAACUUAGAAUAAAGGACAUUAUGGAGAAACUAGACCAGCAGAUCCCACCCAGACCUUUCACCCAUGUGAAUACCACCACAAGUGCCACACACAGCACAGCCACCAUCCUCAACCCUCAAGAUACGUACUGCAGGGGGGAUCAGCUGGACAUCCUUCUGGAGGUGAGGGACCACUUGGGAUGCAGGAAGCAAUAUGGUGGGGAUUUCCUGAGGGCCAGGAUGUACUCCCCAGCACUAAUGGCAGGUGCUUCGGGAAAGGUGACUGACUUCAACAACGGCACCUACCUGGUCAGCUUCACUCUGUUCUGGGAGGGCCAGGUCUCCCUGUCUCUGCUGCUCAUCCACCCCAGUGAAGGGGUAUCAGCUCUCUGGAGGGCAAGGAACCAAGGAUGUGAUAGGAUCAUCUUCAUUGGCCUGUUUGCCAACAGAAGCUCCAAUGUCUUCACUGAAUGUGGCCUGACCCUAAACACAAAUGCUGAACUGUGCCAGUACAUGGAUGACAGAGACCAAGAAGCCUUCUACUGUGUGAGGCCUCAACAUAUGCCCUGUGAGGCCUUGACCCACGUGACCACUAGGACAAGAAAUAUUUCCUAUCUUAGCAAGGAAGAAUGGAGGCUUUUCCACAGGUCCAACAUAGGAGUUGAAAUGAUGAAGAACUUUACCCCCAUUGAGGUCAUACCAUGCAACAAGAGCGAGAACAUAAAAAAGAACUGCCAGAUUGGAAUGAAGACUCCUUUCCCCAGUGGUUAUACUUUGAAAAAAAUGUGGAUUACAGCAUUUUGUAAACAGAUCAAGUUCAUUGAAACAAAAAAUAUAAAUGACUGCUUGGAAAGAAAACUUAUUUAUCUCAUGGGAGAUUCAACACUGCGUCAGUGGAUUUACUACUUACAAAAAGCUGUGAAAACCCUAAAAUAUUUUGAUCAUCAUGGAGCUGGGAUCUUUAAAACACAUGUUCUUCUGGAUGUUGAAAGACAUAUUUUGAUUCAGUGGAAAAAACAUGGUCAUCCAUUUGUUACCAAAAAGUUAUUCUCAGUGAAAGAUGAAAACUAUAUCCCACGGGAAAUUGACCGGGUAGCAGGAGACAAAAACACAGCCAUUGUCAUUACCCUCGGCCAACACUUCAGACCCUUUCCCAUCAACAUUUUCAUCCGUAGGGCCAUCAAUAUUCAAAAGGCCAUUGAACGUCUAUUCUUGCGAAGCCCGGAGACCAAGGUGAUACUUAAAACUGAAAACACCAGAGAGAUACAAGAAAAUGCAGAGAUGUUCAGUGACUUUCAUGGCUAUAUUCAGAAUCUUAUCAUAAGAGAUAUUUUUGUGGAUCUUAAUGUGGGUAUUAUUGAUGCCUGGGACAUGACGAUUGCAUAUUGCACCAACAAUGCCCAUCCACCGGAUUAUGUGAUUCAAAAUCAGAUUGGCAUGUUCUUAAACUACAUUUGUUAGAGGAAAAAUACAAAAAUAGCACUAGCCACUUUCUAUAGAUGAUCUCACAUAUACAGCGAAGAUAGUUUAAUGCAAUCCAAGUUUUGAGGAAACUAAAUUUGAAAAAGUUUUAUUAAAGUUAAAUAUAUGUAACAUAACAUUUACCAUUUAAGCCAUUUUAUUAUUUUAUUUUAUUUUUGAGAUAGAGUUUUGCUCCUGUUGCCCAGACUGGAGUGCAAUGAUGUGAUCUUGGGUUACUGCAACCUCCACCUCCAAGGUUCAAGUGAUUCUCUUGCCUCAGCCUCCCAAGUAGCUGGGAUUACAGGUGCCCACCACCAUGCCCAGCUGAUUUUUGUAUUUUUUAGUAGAGAUGGGGUUUCACUAUCUGGUUGGCCAGGCUGGUCUCGAACUCCUGACCUUAGGUGAUCUGCCCACCUCGGCCUCCCAAAGUGCUGGGAUUACAGGCGUGAGCCACCAUGCCUUAUUAUUUUAUUUUAUUUUUUGAGACAGUCUCACUCUGUCACCAAGAUUGGAGUGCAGUGGCAUGAUCUCAGCUCAUUGCAACCUCUGCCUCCCGGGUUCAAGCGAUUCUCCUGACUCAGCCUCCCACGUAGCUGGGAUCACCAGCGUGCAGCACCACACCCGGCUAUAAACCAUUUUUAAGUGUACAAUUCAGUGAUAUUAAGUAAUUUACAAUGUUGUGAAACCCUCAUCAUGAUCCAUCUCUGGCACAUUUUUAACAUUCCAAAAAGAAACUUGGUACCUAUUAAACAAUAACUCCCCAUUCGCUCCUGUCCUUGGCCCAUGGCAACCGCCAUUGUAUUUUCUGUCCUUCUGAAUUUGACUAUUUUAGGUAGCUCAUAUAAGUGGCAACAUGCAGCAUUUGUCCUUUUCUGUCUGGCGUAUUUCACUUAGCAUAUGUCUUUAAGGUUCAUCCACAUUGUAGCAUUUGUCCGAAUUUUCCUUCAUUUUUAAGACUGAAUAAUAUUCCGUUGUAAGUAUGUACUACAUUUUGUUUAUCCAUUCAUUUGUUGAUCGACAUUUGGGUUGUUUCCCCUUUUGGCUACUGUAAAUAGUGCUUCUAGGAAGAGAAAACCAAAUUUAAAGGCAUGUCUCCAGUGCUGAGCAUGAUGAUUGAAUAGCAAAUCAUCAUCACCCAUAAUUUGAAGACAUGUGCAGCCCAGAAAUGCAUAGAUUAAAUGAUUCAAGUUUAGAGAAAAUGUGAUGUAUACAGGAAACUUAGUGGGAUCAUAAUAGCAGUCUUCUUGCUUAGGAAAAUUAUUUGGAACUUAGUAACCAGUUGUUCUCUAGAUUCCAGUAAGAAUCAUGGAUCAUACUUCAAAACCCACAGGCUCAUUGAGAGAAAACAACUUAGUAUUAUGUUAACGUACAGACCCCAAAACCCUGAUUCUUGGAUAUCCUAAAAUAUGAUUUGGGAUCCCCUCCAGAGGGCCUCAAAUGACAAAUUUUGUCUCUAAAUCUUCCUCUCAUUAGAAAGAUAUACACCCUUUCUAUUAAUAUACUCUAGGUCUCAAGAGUGGGAAUAUUGUUAUUAAGGAUACUUCCCCUCUUAGGACUGUGUUUCUUAGUUAGAGGAAGUGAAGUUAUAAUGCUGUAACAUCAGUACAAAGUUUGGGUCAUCAGGAGGUGGAGGUUGCAGUGAGCCAAGAUUGCGCCACCACACUCCAGCCUGGGUGACAGAGCGAGACUCCAUCUC